CACUCUUUGGUUGACAGGAUGGCUGCAGCGUCACAUCCAUCACCUCUGGCCUUCAUCGCCGUCAUCUUCGUCCUGUCAGGUGGACCGCCGAUGUCUGCGUCCUGUUUUAAAGUGACGGAAGGGGGCGUGGCCUCUCUGUCCUGUCAGUACUCCGUGAAGCGAUUCGGCCUGAGUCGGGUCUGUUGGGGUCGAGGCUGCGGGACCUUCUGGUGCAACAGCAUCCUGGUGCAGACAGACGAGAACGGAGAAAUCUCCAAGGUGGACGACAGAUAUCAGCUGACGGGGGACAUCCUGGAUGGACAGAUGGACCUGGAUAUCCUGAAUGUGCGUCGGACAGACAGUGGGCCGUACUGCUGCAGGGUCGACGUCGACGGCCUGUUCAACGACAAGAAGAUGAUCAUGAACCUCAGAGUGGUCAAAGCUCCGUCCACCAACCCUCCUCAAACAACCACAACCGCGGCGAUGACAACCAGCAGAGUCACAGAGGCGAGGGCCACUGAGGUCUCCACGGAGCCGACCACCACAGUAAACUGGAAAACCCUGCUGUCGUCCCAGCUGGACCUGCUGAGGAGGAACUCCACGCUGCUGCGCUCUGACGCCAUCACUGUGGAGGAUCCUCUACCGUCCCUGUCUCUUCAGAUCAAUGCUCCCGUCCUCUCGCUGUCCCUCAGCGUUUUGCUGAUCGUCGCUGCAGUUUUCCUCUUCCUGGCCUUCAAACGUAGGAUCUACAGAGGCGGUUUAAAGACAGGAUGUUUGUCUUCAGAUGAGCCUCCUCACAUCAUCUACGAGAUCCGCAUGAGGAGACCAGUGCAGGAGAACAUCUACACUCUGGACUAGACACAAACGGCCUCUUCACAAAGACAGAACUAUAAAAACAUCCGGAUCCAGUCUGGGAUUUUAUGUUUUACUUCUGAUGAGUCAGACUCUGUCUGUGUCUUAAAGCAACAUUUGUCCAGAUGGGGGUAAAAGGACAGGGAUGAUUUUGUUUUGAAAAGGUCUGUUUUCUUGGGUUGCAGAUGUAUAAUGGAAAACACGGAAUAUCUGAGUGUAUAAUCAGGACUCAAGCAGAAUCAUUCACACGGACCAGAUAUGCUGAAGAAGAGCUGCAGUUUGCAGUUGACAUGUUUUCAAUUUUUGUGUUUUAAAUGUGUUGUUCCUUCAGUUUGAUUUUACUGUUGAUAGAAAAAACAAGCAAGCUUCCUAUAUGCUGUGUUUGCUGAUUUCAGAUAAAGCUCUGUGUUUGUUUGAGCAUGUGAGACUGAGGCUUCAUCAAGUUUUAACCCCCAUGGACUUGUAGCUGCAUUUCCAUUGACCAUAAAGUUGUGCAAAUGGGAUUUACAAAAAUUAAUUGGCUUAAUGGAAACGCAGCAGUUUUGAAAAAUUCAUGUGUUUUGAUAAAAGUUUUUUACGUUCGGCUGUAUUGAAAUUGAUGUUUUGUCAAACUGGAAAGUGUUGGAUCCAUAGUUGCUGACACCAGUUUCCCAAAACUGCAGCAUGUGCAGCUGUUUCCAGACGCAGACACUGAGAUCUUCAGUGAUCUUUCCUGUGGUUUUAAGCAGCAUCAUUCCAUACUAUGGUAAAACGAUAAAAACACUAAUAUAAUUCAUUCUAGCGCUGUCUAGUUGCACCGCCUACUUGGACCUAUGCGCAUGUCUACAGCAGUAUGAGGGUUUCCGUAGUGUAGUGGUUAUCACGUUCGCCUAACACGCGAAAGGUCCCCGGUUCGAAACCGGGCGGAAACAUCGUUUUUUUUUUAGUUCAUCAUUUACUUUUUAUUUAAAGUAGUUAUGGAUUAACCACUUUUCCUAUUCACCAUUUUCACCAUACACUACAAAAACAUUGGAUUAAAUUACGCAGAAACAAACUGUGGACGUUUUCACACCGCUCAUGUUUUUAUUAGCUUACAAUUAUAAGCACCUACGCCUUGAAACUAACAGGCAACUGUUAGUUUCCUAGCAAGAAAGAUACACAUGUGAGAGACCAAGCAUUCACUGCAGUCAGUAGUACUCAGACUAUGCCAAAGAAAGUUAAAACAAGGCAAACUAAGCCUUUUGAAUGAAAGGCCGCAACUCCUCCGUUUGUCUAUAUCGCAACAUGUUUACAAUAUGGCAAAAUACAUGAAUCCUCCCCGUCAGGGAACCGAAAGCCUAAAAUCCAGAGGAUCCUGGUUCGAUUCUUGGUCAUAGCGAACCUGUGUCGUCAUUUCACAAAGAAAUGGUGCCUUACUUAUAUUUUACAUUUCAGGUAAUAUGUCUUACUACAUGGAAAGCAAAUCAAGAAUGCAAAUUAACUGCACAAUAAUGUUUUUGCCAUCCUUUAAUUAUACUUUGCAUUUGCAUGUCCAUCUGAAUAUAUCAAUGUAUUUUUCAGUUUUCUCACAUUUU